AUGGUUGGAAUAUCCGAAUCGACUAUUUCAAAUAUCCUACAUCAUCAUCUUGGGAUGACUAAGGUCAGUGCAAGAUGGGUUCCAAAAAUGCUCACGCCACUUCAAAAACGCCACCGUGUCGAGUGCUCUCGUCAGUUUUUAGAGCUCUGUGGAGAGAGAACUGAAGAAGUUUUGGACCAGAUCGUCAUCGGAGAUGAAACUUGGGUUCACCACUAUGAACCUGAAACAAAGCAAGAGUCGAUACAGUGGCAUAAAAAAGGCACAUCUCCGCCAAAGAAGUUCAAAGCGGCACAAUCAGCCUGA